GUCCCUUUUUAAUAUAUACGUGCGCUUCAAAAGCGAAUCGCGUCGUUUGACUUAGGGGGUGGUGGGUUUCUGAGACCGGUGUACUCCGGGAGUCCCCAUUAAAAGGCGCGGGGCAAGGGCACGGUAGGGUGUUCCGGGGGGGAGGCCGGGAGACCUAAUGUGUGCCGCGCUGUCCGGCAGCUUUACCAGCUGCGGGGGUUUUCGCCCCCCUCUCUAAAUUAGUUUUCCAACAGUCUCCUAUCAAGUUUCACUCAACGAAGGGGUCCGAAUGGCGACACCGGAACGCUGUUCCCCCAAACCGCCGUGGGAAUAGCCGUUCCGUCGUGUGCAGCGCCGUUGUUCGUCGUCACGUCGCGUGUUAUUAUUGUAUAUGUGUUGUUGUUUCGCUUGUGUGUUUAUUUUUUUACAAAUAUAUGUUUUAUAAUAAUCACAUAUUUGUGGUUUAGUACCGGUUUCCAGGCGAACCAGCCAACGGUACCGGCCGAGUUGACAGCUGGACAGUGAAGCCCGUUCGGUUUGCGGCCCGUCAUUAGCUGUCAUUGCCAAACCGGGGCUCAGUCUGCCGGCCCUUUUGCUUUUUUUGGCCCCGGUUUGCGAGCGGAUUAACGCCGCCUCAAAGCAGCACCGAGGUGGCCGUUGACUCACGCAGCUCUGCGCGGCAGCUGCCUCACAAAAGAGCGCCUGUAACCGGCAGCAGUUCGGGAAGUUGCGGGCGGAGCUGCGGCCGAGGAGGGGCGUUCUGCUUUCGUGCUUUUUUUUUUCCGCCCCAGCACUUCUGCUUGGAUAUGCGUUUACAGCUAGAAUAAGGCAAACGAGGAUCUACUCUUUGAGCAUUCGCCUGGCAGCUUGAUAUAGUACGGGCCAGUAUAGGCCAGAAUGCAAGCGUCAUGUAAACGAGUCCAAGUAACACAUGGCGUAAUUCUCAUUUAGGCCAAGUUUGGCUUAAUUGGUAACUAAAAAUCCAGUCAUGUGCACAUUCUUCUGGCCCCCCGCAAACAUUUAAUAAUUAGCUAACUACUUGAUUAGUUCCCCUGGGGCAGAGUUAAUACAUACUGCCACAGGCUGUGCUGUGUGCCUUUAAGAUGUACCGAGAUUAUGAGAUGAACUGUGGAGAAAAUUAUCACUAUAUUGGGCAUGGGGGGUUCUUUAAUAUGUCAUUCAUGCAAAAGGAAUGCAUUGAUCUGCUUGCUGUAAACAGCCUGUUAUGUUCGGAAGUCCUUUGUUAACACGUCCUUGGCUCUCUUGCUAUGCCCUGUGUUUGUGUGCGCGCGUGCGCAUGUCUGUAUCUGUACAUGCGUGUGUCUGUUUGCGAAUGGGAGCACAGGCUGGGAGAGCAGUACUACAGGGAUGCUAUGGAGCAGUGCCACAAUUACAACGCGCGGCUGUGCGCGGAGAGGAGCGUCCGAAUGCCGUUCCUGGACUCUCAGACAGGAGUGGCUCAGAGCAACUGCUACAUCUGGAUGGAGAAGAGGCACCGAGGUCCAGGAUUGGCUCCUGGUCAGCUGUACACAUACCCCGCCCGGCGAUGGAGGAAGAAGAGGCGAGCUCACCCUCCAGAGGACCCCCGUCUGGCAUUUCCUCCCUUGAAAUCAGAGCUGGACCUGGGGCUGAAGAAGGAUUCCUUGGUGUCUGCUGACGGUAGCAGCCUGGAGGCGCUGCUCAAGGGGGAGCCCCUGGAUAAGCGAGGAGUCCCGGACCUCCGGGGGCCCGAGGAGGACCCCAUCCUGGCUGAGCUCACCGGCGGCGGUCUGAACCCUGCCACCCGUGUCAGGAAGAGGAUAUUGGAGCCUGACGACUUUAUGGAUGACCUGGACGAUGAAGACUAUGAAGAAGACACCCCGAAACGAAGAGGGAAAGGAAAAGGAAAGGGCCGUGGAGUUAGCAGCGCCCGAAAGAAGCUGGAUGCAGCCGCCGCCGCCCUGGAAGACAGGGACAAGCCUUACGCUUGUGACAACACUUUCAAACAAAAGCAUAUUUCAAAACCUUCUGAACGAGUUUGUGGGAAGCGCUACAAGAACCGCCCUGGGCUGAGCUACCACUACACCCAUUCUCACCUCGCGGACGAAGAAGGUGAGGACAAGGAGGAGGCUGAGAUGCACGCUCCAACCCCACCCCAAGUGGAUGAACCCAAGACGCCCAAGAAAGGACCCGAUGGCCUGGCGUUGCCCAACAAUUACUGCGACUUCUGCCUGGGCGACUCCAAGAUCAACCACAAGACGGGCCAGUCGGAAGAGCUGGUGUCGUGCUCUGACUGCGGGCGCUCAGGUCACCCAUCCUGCUUGCAGUUCACCCCUGUCAUGAUGGCUGCUGUCAAGACAUACCGCUGGCAGUGUAUCGAGUGCAAGUGCUGCAACAUAUGUGGGACCUCAGAGAAUGACGACCAGCUGCUGUUCUGCGACGACUGCGACCGAGGGUACCACAUGUACUGCCUCAGCCCCCCCAUGGCCGAGCCCCCAGAAGGAAGCUGGAGUUGUCAUUUGUGUCUGGACCUCUUGAAAGACAAGGCCUCUAUAUACCAGAACCAGAACGCACCCCCAUCUUGAUGGGUUCUACCACAACCGUUCUUCAGUAUCCCGUUUCCUGCCAUCAUCCCCCCUACACCAUUUUCCUAUUCCUAACUUAAGAGGAGGUACCAUAGUUGAGGCCUAGAGGUACACUGGUGGCCUCCAACAAGGGGAGCCAACAUGUCCUGACCCUGCCCCUCCAGCAGGGGGAGCCACUUGUCCAUGCUUCUGCCACCUCCUCUCUGGUUUGUUCCCACUAUGACUGUUACACAGUUUUGAAAUCCGCAGCCUUUUAAGCAGUUAGCCAAUCUACCGAACUCAGAUAACCCUAGUGUGUCUUGAUUUUUUUUUUUUUUUUUCGAUUUUGAAUUGUUUUUUUUAAAUUUUUUAUAGUUGAUCACACCCAGUGAUUGUUUUGCUAAUGAGAUGCUUUUCCACCGUAUCGGGCAAAUACACCAUGCUGGAAAGCCAGUAGAGUGAGCUGCAGACUUCAGAGUUUGUACAGAACCAUCAGCUUUUCAAAGAGGAAGGAACGACUUGUAGAACGUGCACUUGCAACAGUCGAGAGCCAAACUAUCUGAUUCUAAAGGAAGACUAUCCCUUGUUUGUUUCUGAGACACAUGUAGAUGACAAUUCUGUGUGUAGAAGACCAUUUAGCAUGCCAGUUCUUGUUCUUAAUAAGGAAUGGUAAAUCUUUCAUAUUUAUAUUACUUGUGUAGCAUAUAAUGGUGUGAAAGUAUUUAAAACCUGGAGCGUAAUUUGUUUAUUAUAGUCGUUACUACUUUGGAUGUUUUUUUGUUUUUUUUUAUUAUUAUUUUUUUUUUACAAAAAAUGUUACACAUUUCACACCAGCCUGAAGCCAGAGAUUUGAGAAGUGAGAAGGAAAUCAGCUUAGAGGCUGCUGAUGUGCUUGUGUACUGUGAUCUCCAGUAAGGCUCCCCUUUGCACUAUCCGGGACCUCGCUUGCGGUUCACACGCUGAUUGGUUUGGUUGGAAAGCCUCGAUCAGAUGUGAAGUAGAUCAUGUCGGUAUGUCAGUGUGAGGCGCUGUGAUUGGUUUGUGAAUUUAAGGGGGCGCAAAGAGCCUCUUCUGCUCAUUGAUGUUUGAGGCUAAAUUCUCCUUCGUGGAUAUUUUUGGGCGCAUCCUGUCAGGUAGUUCCUCUAAUACUAUAAUUAUGGCUUUUUCAAAGCCAGUAUAGAUGGAUCUCUUAUUGAAAUGCUGCCUUGUUCUGUGGACACGAGGGAUUGUAGAUAGUUGUAUGGGUUAUGGGAGAAAUGUUGCUGACUUAAAGAGAUUAUCACGGUUAAAGUAUUUUGUUGUUUCUGGGUUGUCUGUCCUAGAAUGUGGCCUGGAUGGUUUUACCAGAGGUUAUCUGUCACUUUUAAGUUGUCUCUCUUUUUUUGCCUAAAAGUAUGACUUUCAGGUAAGAAUCAAUAACUGAAACGGAACCAAGGAGAACCGACAGCCUGAACCUUAGAGGAAUUUUCUGCAUUUUGCUCGUUCUUGCUCAAGGAGAAAAUUUGGGGCGUUUCUUGAGGGUGUAGCGUCUGUAUUGGGCAGCCAGCAGAGGGCAGUGUUGAGCUGUAAUUGCUGGUGUGAAGUAGAAGAUUCCUUGUUGGUCCACAUCUGCCUUCUGGCUUCCUUGUGUGUUUUGCGCAAUGCCUGCUGGAUUUUUUUCCCUGUCUCUCAUUGUCUGAAAUGAUGUCAUGGAGAAUUGAAAGCUGAAGUGAAACUGGGCCAUUUAUUGAUAAACAGGGCAAUCCCAUCUACCCAUGGCCUGGAACUAUGUACUUGUGUUAUAACAAUGAAGGACCGGUGUGUCCUCACUGUACUGUAGAUUUACUGUAGGUAUUGUAGAUUCCUCUUUAAAGUUCAGGUAUGCUUUGUUUUUAAAUGGCAAGAACUUAAAACACAUGCAUAUUCAAAGAUGACAACUCUAUACAGACAGAUAUGAGUUCUAUACAAUGAAUAUUUGCUUUAUGAGCACAAUUCUUGCAUCGAGUUACACGUUUUAGUUAACUCUUCUAAUUACGCGAUUAACUCUUUGAAACUGGUUACCGUACAUGUCGGAUGCGCUGAAGGUUUAUUUCAGGUCUUGUGUGUCGGUCAAUGUUUUGCAAGGAAAUAUCGCGUCGUAUUUGCGCAUCAGAGAAAAGCAGGUUAUGCACUAUAAACAGGAUAUACAGGUCUUGCCCCCACCCAACCCCAUGUUUUUAUUGGAUUCACUAUUAUGCCCAAAAUCCAAGAUAGGUAACCUUCUUAAAGUUUUUACCUCGCGUAAUAGUAUUUCUAGAAACAUCUGCCUAGAAACCUCCCCCCACACACACACACAUUUUCCACUUUCAAGCAGUGACUAAGUUCAGAGUUGAUCGUUGAGGGCCAGGCUUUUGCAGGUUACAGAAAACACUUUGAAUAGGCCGUGACAGGCACCUAAAACAUCAAUCAGGUUUAAUGGACUCUCAUGAUAAUUGCUUCAUUAAUGCAAUUAAGGAAAAAAGGUUGAGGGUUGAGUGAAAGUCAGCGGAACCUGCAGCCUUCUGACCUGGGCUUGGAACCACAGGUUUACAACACCACACGCGCAAACACACAGCUGUUAAGCUCUUUUUCACAUAUGUACGUACAGUUGGAACAUUGGAGGUCUUGCGAAGUAUUCAGAUGAAUUUCUUUUGUUAAUCAUGUUAAUCUUUUUUUUUUUCCUCAGUAGCUAUAACUAACCAUUUCUUCCUAAAGCAUUAUGAGAGUAUAACCUUGUUUUCUUUCUUUCUUUGAAAAAUAAAAUUUACAAAAAAAGACAGUUAAAUCGGUGGCCACUGGAAUAUUAAUGUUUUGGUUGUUAAAAACUUUCAUGGUGUUUGUUGGGUUCAGCUGAAGCUUUUUUAGGAGUCGUAUUUGGUUUUUCUUGGGAUGUUUUUUAUGUUACAAGAUUUUUUUAAGAAAAUAAAUAUUUGGCACAGACUCCAUUUUA